AGAGCCGGCCCUGCGGCACACGGCAGCGCCAUGGUCUCAUGGAUCAUCUCCCGGCUCGUGGUGCUUAUAUUUGGCACACUUUACCCUGCGUAUUAUUCCUACAAAGCCGUGAAAUCAAAGGACAUCAAAGAAUAUGUCAAGUGGAUGAUGUACUGGAUCAUAUUCGCGCUCUUCACGACGGCAGAGACGUUCACGGAUAUCUUUCUUUGCUGGUUUCCAUUCUACUAUGAACUCAAAAUAGCUUUUGUAGCUUGGCUGCUGUCUCCAUACACAAAAGGCUCCAGCCUCCUGUACAGGAAAUUUGUUCAUCCAACUCUGUCUUCAAAAGAAAAGGAGAUCGAUGACUGCCUCAUCCAGGCGAAAGACCGGAGCUACGACGCCCUGGUGCACUUUGGCAAGCGGGGUCUGAACGUUGCGGCCACGGCAGCUGUGAUGGCAGCCUCCAAGGUCUCUCAGCUACUCCAUUUACACUUGUAUUGGGACCAGAAAAAAGGGCAGGGACAGGGAGCCCUGUCUGAGAGGCUGCGGAGCUUCAGCAUGCAGGACCUGUCGAGCAUCCGCGGGGACAGCGGCAGCGCCGUCCCUGCCUCGGUCACUGUGCGGACAGGCAGCAAGCAGAGCCACCCCAAACCAGCCAGGAGCGCAUCAGAGGGCACUGGCAGCUCAGUGUGCACGUGUUGCUCGGUGUGCCGGCUCCUCCGAGGUGAUGUGGACAUUAGGUAUGAGAAGCCACCUGAGACAAACUGUGAAACAAAAGGCUCAGUGUUCUCAGAUGAUGAAGAGAACGAUUGUGCAUCCCUGAACAAAAGGCCCAAAAAGAAGGAUCCACCCCUUGAGGCACCGCCUAGGACUCUCAGACCUCGCUUCAGGAAGAAAAGUACCUCGUCCUCUGCCACUGAAACAAUGUGAGUGCAAUGAGCCAAUAGCACCAAGAUCCACAGAAUGUCUCUCUUCUGCCUUAAAGAGCUACUCAUUGAUAACCUAGGAAGCAGCAGUGGGAUGGAUGGAUGUGCUUUGACGUGCAGCACUGUAGACAUGGCCUUUCCCCUCCUCUCUCCACGUCCCUCUGUGGCACCUGCUGCUGCUGCUUGUCCCUGCUGUGAGUAGGACAGU